UUCGUCAACAAAAUAGGCGGAAAAAAUACCGAAUUGCUCGGGCCGAUUUAUCAAUGCUAUCACCCCUCGCGCCAUAUUCCCGAUCCACUUGAAGUGGUCUCAGGUAUUCGGCUUCGCUGCCUUUGAUUAUCUGUAAUUAAUAAUAUUAUCGAAAAUUGAAACAAAUCCGAGUAAUUUGAUUCAACAGUCUGGCGAGAGAGAGAGAGAGAGAGAGAGAGAGAGAGAGAUCAUUACAACAUCGGAAGCACAAAUAUGUGCAGUGGAAACGGGCUAUGGAAUGGAAGUGCGAACCGAAUCAAAUCGACAGUGGCCGUGGCGGCGGCCGUGGCAGCAGCAACACAGCAAACACAGAGACGAAUCAGUCGAAUCUAAUUAAAAUGCAUGCAGACGCAGGCAAUCGCAUUCUCGCUACUUUAUACAUACAUUUGCUUUGUUGUUGCUGUUUUUUUUUGAAUUCUCGCUCUUUCGCUCGCUCUGUUCCAAUCUCAUUGUUGGAAAUGAAAGCACGAUUUUUCGAUUUUUCCACUUGGUAUCAUUUUUCCCCCCACAUCGUCAGCCAUAUACACACAUAUUCUCGGUCCCUCUCUCUCGAUUGCAUACCAGCCAACUCAGUCUCUUUCUCUCCAGCUAUCACUAUCCUAGCCUAUGCGUCUUUGUGUAAUUGAAAGAGCGAUGAGCAUAGCCGAAAAGAAGCAUCAGCAGCAGCGUAGCUCGAGCUACGCAGUAACCUUCGAAAGUUAAAAUAUGUACUUACACAUAUCCAACGAUGGAAAACAAAGCCAAUUGCUUCGAGUUCUCUUCCAUUUUUUUUCUUUUUGUAUUCAUCCAGUGCGAUGCCAUCGCCGUCGACGACAACAAAAACAAUGAUAUAAACCAGAGAAAUGAAACGAGAAAAAAAAAUGCAACAAAGAAAAUAAGAAAUAGCAGCCCAAGUAACAUUGUUUGUAUCUGAUUUACAACUUCGGAGAGAAAAAAACAUCACGAAGAACCGAAAUCAACAAAAUGUAUCUGAAAUUGAUGCAAACAGAGAAAAUAAUUGGAUUGUGAGAUGACAAGCACGAGGCACACGAAUAUUUGAAUAAUGUUUAGCGGAUAAAUACCCCAAAAUCCCCGUAAUAUUGAAUCAAAAUUAAUUCUGAUCAUUUUGCAUAAGAGGGAGACGCAUGUUCGAGGGAUGAGCUGUGCGGAGGCGGGUUUGUCUAUAUAUUGGGUGUUUUGCUAGCGAACAAUAGGUAAUUCAGCGGUCAAAAUAAUCUAGUUCAUUGCAUCAACAGUGGCUCAGUAUUUUCGGUUGACAAUCUUGAAGACGAGACGUUAAGCAUCUACUUUAGCAUAGAAAGCGUUGCUUCGUGAAGACACCUUUCAAUAAUAUUUUUGCGACUUUCAAUACUUUGCCGUACAUUUUUCGGAAAAAUUUGAUUAUAUCUCUGUUUUCGAUCCCAUCGCAUCCCAUGAGUCAUGACACCAUCGAUUUCAUCGCCAAUUAAAAGGCAUCAUUCCUGGUCAUCUGUGUGAUAGAAGUUAUUUUUAUCAUAAAACUGAACAAUGAUGACUUAGUUUUCAAAUGGAAUGGAGCUAGCCAUUUCACCAUCGCUGAAAACUCGAAGUCACUGGAGAGUCUUUUUUUAGUCGGAAAAAAUUCUUUUAAUUUUGAAUCAAUUUUUUUUCGAUAAAAAUGUAUGAGGAUGCAAAAAUAGGGGAAAAAAAGCAGAAGAUGAGCGGAGCGGAUGAAAGAUUUCACAAAGAGAAAACACUAAAUCGUUGAAUAAAAUAAAGUUCACAAUGAAAGAUCUUGUAUUAUACCGGUGGUUAUAUAUGGUUUGACUGAAUUUCAAGAAAAAUUUAGCGAUACAUCAUCAUUUGUGGACGUUGAAAGCGAAAUUCAACGAAAAUGAAAUAAACAAGAACGAAUUGGAUGGAAAUUAUUCAUAGUUUAGUUAUACUAGUGAAAAAAAAAAGAAUUGCAUCAAAUGUGUUGUUCAUCUGGUGGCGAAUGAUGUAUUAUAUCAACAUUCAAAGAGCUUAUCGAAUGUAUCCAUUCGAAAUGGUUGUUGUUCGAAAAUGCAGUCAAUUUUAUUGCUGAUGUUUUUUUCUGCUCAUCUUCUUUGAAGUGGGAGAGAGAGUUUAUUUAUUGGUUUGUCGAUGGUGGUGGUUUUAUUGAAAUUGGGUGCUAUCCCUUCGUCAAUGGAUUUUGAUCCCUUUGUUUUUACCUUGUGCCAAAUAUAGACAAACGUGCAACAUCACAACACAUUUUCAUAUUCACAUUGUUUUCUCUCUAUCCUCUUUAUCUAUCUGUUGUUCGGGCGGCCGGAGGAAGGUCAAAAUGAAAAUGGCCACUCGGAAAAUUGUGUGUGUAAAUUCUUCUCUUUAUUUUUUUUCUUGUUCAAUUUUCUCUUUGGGACUGUUUAACGACCAAAAUAUAUCCAUACACUUGAAUACAUGUGAAGGCAGAGUGCUCUUGCAAUCGAUUAUAAAAGUUAUAAUGAGAAUGCAACCACUGUCUCUCUUCUUCUUCCAUCAUCAUCAUCACCAUCGAAUUUUUUUGUUCGUUCUUCUGUUUUGUUGUAUUCAUCGCAGUUGUCGGUUGAGCCAGAGCGAGCACACAUUUUGUAUGGUCAAAACACAGUCAGAAGCAGCAGCAGCAACGUACGUAUAUAUAUCAAAAAUAAUAUCAUAUGAUUGGCAUGGUUGUGUAUGGUUGUGUAGUGGUGAAGCCCUUUUAUAUGUUAUUUGUACGUGCUUCGGUGUUUUUCUCUUCUCUCUCGCUCUCUAUCUCGACCCAUUCUCUUCGGUAUUGCUGUGGCGGUCGCUGUCGCAGUUGCAAUGCUGUUGUUGUUGGUAUUAUUAUUCUGUAUUCCUUUUGUGAUGUUGCUGUUGUUUUCAUUUAAUCAUACUUAUUUCGGCUGACUCGAUUCUUUGGCUGGCUCAAUUUUUUUCCAUUGUACCAAAUCACUCGUUUUUUUAUGUGUGCGCCCGCUCUCUCUCUCUCUCUCUCUGCCUGCGUGUAUAUAUGUGAGUGUGUCUGUCUGUAAAAGCAUCGAUUCGGAAUGUUCUCCAUUCCCUACGUAUAGAUAAAUGCGUAUUAUUUCUUCUGUAGCUGCAUUUGAAGCGAAAAUAAGAAAAAAAAACAAAUUCAACUUUAUUUCAUCUUUUUUCUCCCCGGUUCCGUACGCCCCAGACAUUUUCGGCUAAACGCUGUCUUUGAUGGAAAUGUGGGUGAUAGAAGACGAAAAACGAUUCCCUAUCGCAUAAUAUGCAAAAAUGGAAACCCAAAUUGAAAUGGAAUUGAUGAAAAACAAAGACAACAUCGACCCGAUACUCGCACACACACACAUAUUUUAUAUAUCGGUUAGAUAGUGUACAUUACAGUCAGUCGGUUUUUUUUCGUUGUUUUAUUCAUUCUUCUUCUACGUCGUCGUUUUCAAUGCUCUGUGUAUGCACUGCUGCUGCUGCUGAUGUGCAAAAUCGCUACGGAAUCGAGAAAUUUUUAUUUCACACAGCUGAUGAUGAUACAUGCACGCAAUGUUCACGCGCACAAUCACAAAUAUACCAAAAUAUAAAAACACAAAUCAACCGUGUAAAUUUCAUACGGACACACACACACAGAGAGAGAGAGAGAGAGAGAGAGCACACACAAAUCUCAUUUGUAAGCCGAUGUAACUGGAUGGAUGGUGUUGAAUCAAAGAGAAGAAGAUGCUCGCCAACAGCGUAAACAUUUCCAUUUUCCAACCAAAUUUCUACGAAACGGACGAUAUUCUGCGAAAACUCCACCAGCUCUCGACAGUCAAAAGAGAAAUUUGAAUGUAAAUUCAGAAGAAAAUUCGUUUCUGUAAAGUUUUUUCUAACGAUUUUUCCCUUUGGAGAUUUAAAAUCUCUAGAUUUCUUCUUUAAUUGACUUUCAAAGGUUCAUAUUCAAUGUUUCUUCGUUUUGAAAUCAUUUUUAAUUCAUAUUAAUUCACUGAAUUUAGAUAAAAAUUCAAAUUCAUGGUAGAGGCAUGUGCUUAGCUUGAACACUUCUUAGAGUGUUUAUCUUAAAAUGAUUCAUCAUCAUGAUGAAGACGAAUUUUCCAUGGAUUUUGAGAUGAAGUUUCUGUGCAAAACCAGUUUUAACUACGACCGAGAUGAAUUGGCUGCGGAACAAUCGACGUCAAAGAAAAAACGCAAAUUUCGGAAAAAUUUAAAUUCAAUUUCGACUGAAUGAAAAAAUAUUAUUGAAAAAAAUCCGAUUUCAUCGAAUCUCAAAACAACUCAAUUGGCGAAGAAUGUUGCUCGAAAGAUGGUUGUCAUUUUCGGAAUCGGCCGAUGUAAAGUAGUCGAGUUAGUGGUUUAACCAACGACCGAUAUUACAACGUAGACAUUUAAAUGCAUUCGAGCAGCCAUCGAAAGAGAGCGAGCGAGCAAGAAUGAAGCGCUGAGCAUCGAUGAAAUUGAAAUGAGACGGAGAGCCAUAAUCGAACACACAACAUAACCAGAAGGCCAAGAAGAGACGUGAUGAAAGGGGCAAAACAGAAGUGUAACACACACACAAAGUGAGCGAGCGAGAGAUUGGUGUGCGGAGCGAACGUGUGUGAUGGUUCGACGAAAACGGAGAAAAAUACACUCAAUUUUCACGAAAUGCACCGAAACGACAAGAUCGGACGUGUUUUGUAUGUUUCAGCUGUAUUCUGCGCAACAAUGUUUCUAGUAUUCGUACCGUUUGGCAAAGCCAACAGCAACAGCAACGUCAGCAGCAGCAGCAGCAACGAAACAGCCGACCGAGUAUGCACAAACACCAUCACACCAUCGAGUGUGUAUGUAAAUAUCGGCCGAAGUACGCAUACACUGGCAACCAAAUCAUAUGGUCACCACCACUACACACGUAUUUUAAAAAUACGACAGCACAACAUCAAAAACAUACUGAACCGUCGUUUUUUUCCUCUUCUUUUGCUUCUGGUUGCUUACACCAUACACACGGACACACAAUACGGAAAACACAAGCAUCGGACUACAUUGAAUACAGUGAACGGCUGUGUGGCGUACGUGCCAAAGUGGGGACACGAACAGAUAUAGAAAAAUAUCGUAUGUUUUAUACCGUCUCGUUUGCGCAUUCAAAUCAACGGCAGUCUCUCCGGCUGCCGCUUUGUAUGUGUAUGUGCGCGCAUGCAUCGGUGUGAGUUUGUAAGAUAGUGUAUUUGGUUGCGACAAGCUGAGCAGCAGCAAACUGUAUAUUUCAUGAAUAUACAUGCGAAAAAGGUAUAAAAGGAAGAGACACAAUGCCGGCCGGGUUAGUCACACUAUAGAAUUGCUGGUAUUCGUAUCGUUUUGUUAUUGGUUUCAAACUAACAAAUUUCCAAUUUAAUCAUAUUUUUUAUAUUUAAAAACAACAAUCCAAUCACAACUCGCUUAAAACACAUAUAAAAACAACCAACAACUCUCAACAAUCGAAAUCAAGUCAAACUAAAGUUCUCAAACCGAAAAAAUUUCCAACAAGAGACAUCAUCAAACACCAACAACAACAUAAAAACGGAGAGAAUUUUUUUUUUCGUGUUUCAUUACAAACAGAGAGACUAUUGUUUCAAUUUAAAACAAAAAAAUUCCAAAAAAAAAAAUUGUUAAAUUGAGCGAGAGCAAAAUUUGUUAAAAAAUAAAAACGAAAAAGAAAAGAGAACGUUUUCAUUCGUUUUCUGUUUCUUUUGGAUAAAAGUCGAAAUCAUCGUAUAAGUGUAUAAAGAGAUAAUUUUUGUUUUGUUAUUUUUGAAAGAACGUUUCUCUCAGAGAAAACGCGCUGCUAAGAAUUAUUGAGAUUUAAAACAAGAAGCAUAAAUUCGAGUCAAAGACCGUUAAUCGGGCCAUUCAAAGCAAAAGAAAAAAAAACAUAAGAACGAUUUGAACCAAUUUCCAAGUCAAAUCCAACGAACAUUUUUACCAAAAAAAUAAAAUCAAAAUCUUUUAAAAACUACAAAUAUUUUUAGCUUUGAAAGCACAACAAACUCUUAGCACACCAAGAAAAAAUUAUGGAACAUUGAAUAAAAGAAAACGACGAAAAAAAAAUCAGCCGAUUUUUUUUGAAUCACAAAUUUUCGCAUGUUAAUUCAUCCGAAAAAAGCAAACAAAAACCCGUUGAAUUUUACGUAAAAUAUUCUGUGUUGUAAUUGUAUUAAUAUCCGUGUGUAAUUUUUUUAUCACCAACAAAAUAUCAACAAAAAUCCACACUAAACAACCAACCAACCACCAAGUUCAUAAUAAAAUCAUCAUAAAAUUCUGUGUGUUAAUCUCUAAAUAAAGGAAAAAAAAAACUCUUUUCCUUGUCUCCAAACUAAUUAAUACCUAUAUAUCUAUAUCGAGAUCCAAUAAAAGUUGUAUAAAAACCAUAUACAGAGAGACACCAGUGUGAAUGCAGAGAAAGAAGAAACAUUGUACAUUUUAAAUGCGAUUGCAAAUUUAACAGAACACACACAACAACCCUGUAUAUUUCAAAGAAAACAAAAAUCGAUGUGAUCAUUGAGUGCUGUGACAAAAAUCAACAACAACAAACAACAAAAUUGCGAAAAGGUUUCUUUUAAGAGUAGCUUGUAAAGUAAUAUAAAACAAAAGUCUAAAGAGAAAAAACAACAACAACAACAGCACACCGUUUGAUUGAUGCAAUCAAAAAAGACACUGUUAACGAAAAUAAAAUCGUGUGCGAAUUAUUGAACAAAGAAAAAUCAGAGAGAGAGACGGAUUUGUGUAUCCCGAAAAUUCGAUUUGUUUGACGAACAACAGGCGAAAUCGAAGGAAUCUGGUGUGUGCGUACGCUUGAAAAAUAAACCACGGAAGGCCAGCUGAUGUUAAGUUUUGAUAUCCUACUUCUAGUCUCGCUCAGAAGCCGUUAAUUAAACGAAACAAACGAUUGUUUUUCAUUUCUCCGGAAAUCGACUCGCCACUGACCACCGAUUUCCAGCCAAUAUAUCGACCAAGCCAAUACACACAUUAACACACAAUAUCUCUCCCCUUCAAAAAGAACGCGACCAAAAAACAACACUUUGUCGGGUUUCUUCGAUUAACCAACGAAAUUAAACGAAUUUUUGUUCCCAGUAACUAUCUCUCGUAAAAUAAAAAGAGACGAAAACAAGUAAAGAAUAAAACACACGGUAUUCUCGCGAAAACAAACAACUCAAUAAUAAACAUUUCCAAAAUUGACGACGUGAUCGAAGAAGUGAUGAAAAUGGAAGUGCUACCCGUUCAGAGUCAAUUUCAAGGACAGUUCGGUGUGAUGGGCUCAUCCAAAAUAAAAGAUUGGACUAGGCCACUGACACCGCCUGCAACAAAUCGCCAUUUGAAGAGCGCCUCACCAAAAACCGGUUCCGGCGUAUCACAAACAACAAAAACCGCCAUUAUCAAUAAGAACAACAUCAACAAUAAUAACAAUAACAACAAUAACACAAUUAAUGCAGCUUCCGAUGCGGUAGCUGACACAAAUCGGGCCAAUAAAUUAGCAACCACAGAGAAUUUAGCUCCAAACUAUGCCAAUCAACCAGAUUUAGUUACAUCACCAUCCAACAACACAAUCACCACCACCGUCACCACCACACCAACAACACCAUUAACAAAUGGCAGUAGCGAUCCAACGACCACCACCGUUGUCGAUGAAUCGGCAGUACAAUCGUUGGCAUUACGUCUUCAAAAUGAAUUGCGACGGGCGAAAAGUCAACAUUUAGCCUGUACCGAAGUGUUAUUACCGUCCGAUUUAUUGAAUCGCAUUGCAUCGGAAUUGAUUGUCAUGUCGGAAAAGGAGCCGUGCGGUAUUCGCGGUUCAAUCAUCUACAUCGAAUUCGAAGACGAACCAAAUAAUACAAGAAGAAUAGCAUCGCUGCAAUUAGAUCCAAAUACAGUCUCAACUUUCGAAUUAUAUCUUACCUUGAAGCAGGAUCGAAGUGGAUGGACAUCAAUACUGCCACAGUUUUUAAAAAAUUUGGCAAGAGGCAGCACCAUAAUGAUAAGUCCAGACUUUUUAGUUGCAAAAACCAAAUUGUAUCGUUCAUUAUCGGAAUGAAUGCCCGACCAUCAUCCACACCAACGACAAAUCAUCUAAAAACAAACACGCAAAAAAAAACUGUAACAAUCAAUAUGGCAAUAUUAAACGUACCGUGACGCAAGCAUGUAACUGAAAUAGAAAAAAAAAUACACCGUAAAAUCGACUUGGAUGAUGAUGGACAGCAUCCAUCAUAGACACAUCAUCUGCAGUCCAGCUGAGAGAGGCCGAUCAUCAAAGCAGUAUCAGCAACAAAGAUGGAAGGAGUCGAAAAACGUCUUGAUUAUAUAAUAGUCUUUGACGGAUGAACAACAACUGACACGCAAAACAAAUGCAAACACAAAUACACACACAUACAAUAACAAAAAAUAUACCCGACGAACAUUUGAAGAUUUUCUCAUCUGGAUUAUCAUGUUCAUCAUGCCAUUACUGUUUUACUGUAAUUAAAAAGAAGAAGAAAAGAAAGAAAGAAAAAAAGCGAUUGCGAUGUGAUAUGGAAUGAA